GUCUGAUGUUGUCAAACUAUUAACAGAGGGAAGCUCCUCCACCAGAGCAUCUUCCGGUGCGCGAGAGCGGCAGCACGCGCCUGUUGUUGAUAAUAUUCUAGGAGCUGCCUGGUGGCGCCGAGCUCCAUCACUCACGUCAGACCUGCGGGGGCUUCACGCAUCUCCUCAGAAACAUGAGCCAGCUGUUGGGUUCCUCCUCCCUGCUGCUCCUCAUCUGCAGCUUGAUCCAAACUAGUGCAUUAGCAACAUGUGGGUCCAGCCAUUUCCAGUGUGGGAACGGUAAAUGUAUCCCGCAUCGGUGGGUGUGUGAUGGUACGGAUGACUGUGGAGACGGUACGGACGAACUUCCUGCUACCUGCUUGGCAAAAACAUGCAAACCAACAGAGUUCAGCUGUGCAAACCGCCUUAACCAGUGUGUUCCGAGCUUCUGGCGCUGCGAUGGCAGGGCUGACUGUGAGAAUGGAGCUGAUGAGGAGGGAUGUGCCGCCAAGCAGUGCGCAAGCUCAGAGUUCCGCUGCAGGAAUGGCCAGUGCAUUUCGUCCCAUUUCGUCUGUGACGAUGAGGCGGACUGUGAAGAUGCCAGCGACGAGGUGUCCUGCCCAGCCACCACCUGCCUCUCAUCGUCCUUCCAGUGCAACAACACAGUUUGCAUUCCUCGCCUGUGGCUCUGCGACGGUGAUGCCGACUGCUCCGACAGGUCGGAUGAGUGGCCCGAGAACUGCCACACACAGACAGUGACUCCUCCUGCUGCUCAUCAGUGCUCCUUCCCAGAGUUCUCCUGUGGGAGUGGAGAGUGCAUCCAUAGCAACUGGAGGUGUGAUGGAGAUUUUGACUGUGUUGAUCACUCAGAUGAAGCAGACUGUGGUCACUCCACCUGCUCUCUAGAUGAGUUUACAUGUGGCGAUGGCACAUGCAUCCAUGGCAGCCUCCAGUGUAACCAACAAUAUGACUGCAGAGACAUGAGUGAUGAAAUCGACUGUGCCAAUGUUAGCCCCUGUGAGGGUCCAACCAUGUUUAAGUGCACCAGUGGGGAGUGUGUAAGCAUAGAUAGAGUGUGUGACAAAAAGCGUGACUGCAAGGACUGGACAGAUGAGCCUCUAAGGUACUGUGGCACCAAUGAGUGUCGGUACAACAAUGGCGGCUGCUCCCACGUUUGCAAAGACCUGAAGAUUGGCUAUGAGUGCUUGUGUCCAACUGGAUUCAGCCUAGUUGAUGCAAAAAGAUGUGAAGAUAUUGACGAGUGCACCAACCCAGAAACCUGUAGUCAAAUCUGCGUCAACCAGGUCGGCAGCUACAAAUGCGAAUGCGAAGAGGGUUAUCAAGUUGACCCAGCAACCAAAGCAUGCAAGGCCAUUGGUACGAUAGCUUACCUUUUCUUCACCAACCGCCAUGAAGUCAGAAAGAUGACUUUGGACAAAAGGGAGUACACAAGAGUAAUACCCCGUCUAAAGAACGCUGUGGCUCUCGACAUGAAUAUGGCUACAAAGGAGAUCUACUGGUCAGACCUUUCCCAGAAGAAAAUCUACAGAACUCCAAUGGGCUUGGCUGAAAAUUCUUCCCAUCACCACGUAGUGAUAGGGAAUGACAUUGAAGCUCCUGAAGGAAUUGCCUUAGAUUGGAUCCAUGGGAACCUGUACUGGACCGACAGCAUUCGUAGGACAAUCUCCGUGGUAACAGCUGAUGGCAGCCACCGCAAAACUCUCUUCCACCAAAACCUAUCGAAGCCUCGUGCCAUUGUGGUUGACCCCCACAGGAACUUCAUUUUCUGGACUGAUUGGGGAAGUCCAGCGAAGAUUGAGAAGGGAGGUCUUAAUGGAGUAGACCGCGUUUCUCUGGUCACCGAAAGCAUCGAAUGGCCUAAUGGAAUCACAAUAGACCUGCUAAACCAGCGGCUCUACUGGGUGGACUCAAAGCUGCACACCCUCUCCAGCAUCGAUGCUCAGGGUGGAGGUCGCCGCACCCUCAUCAUUGAUGAGCACAAGUUGGCUCACCCUUUGGGACUCACUGUUUUUGAGGAAAGCGUGUUCUGGACAGACGUUAGCAACAACGCCAUCAUCAGCGCAAACAGACUGACUGGUGAUGACAUCACACCAGUGGCAGAGCACCUGUCAUCACCAGAGGACAUCAUUCUUUACCACAACCUCAAACAACCUGCUGGAAGGAACUGGUGUCAUGUGACCAACAGCAGCUGUGAAUUCAUGUGCCUUCCUGCCCCUCAAGUUAGCAGACACUCUCCAAAAUAUACCUGUGUCUGUCCAGAUGGCGCGAUGCUAGCCAGAGACACGAGGACGUGUGUGCCCGCUGUGCCAACAUCUGCAGCUCCCGUUGAGCCUCUAACCCCGCCCACCCGCCGCCCUCAUCUGCCACCAGUUCCACCCAGUACCACACUAAAGACCCAAGUCCACGCCACCACUACACUACUCCCAGUGAACACGAGCACCACCACCAAGCCACUGAGGAGCACCACCAGGCCUCCUGUUAGGACCACCACACAUUCACCAACCAAGACAUUACCUGGACCAGAGAAGCCAAAACUCCUGAGAAGCACCACAGUGGCUCCAGUCACCUCUACAGUUGUUCAUCCUAAAGUUGCAGCUGCUGUUCCCACAGCCACCUCCAUCACCCCGGUAGCUCUUUAUCUGAUCUUACCUCUGGCGGUGGUUUGUAUGGUGGUUGGUGGGGGGGUGUUGCUGUGGAGGAACUUCAAGUUGCGGAACAGCAACACGAUUCACUUCCACAACCCCGUUUACCAGAAAACCACCGAAGACCAGGUGCACAUCUGGAAGAGACAAAGCUUCGAUGGCUAUGCCUACCCUAAAAGACAAAUUGUGAGCGCAGAUGAAGAGGCGGAUAAUCCUGCGUUCUCGGAAAACUGAAAAGUCAGGUGCAGUGGAGUGUCCAGAUCUUUUAAAAUGGGGUGGCCCAGGCGAGGCACAACUUUGUGCAUGGGUGGCACCAAUGGUUAUGCUUUUUUUGUUUUACCCCCGGCCUUUUGUGGACAAUGAAAAGCCUAUUUAAAGGUAAAUUAGUGUGUUGGCACCUGGGGUGGCCAAUCAGAUUCCAAGGGUGGCAUGUGCUACCCAGGCCACUCCCUGGAAACGCCCCUGCUCAGGUGGAGCAGAAGAAGGCACCCCAGAAUCCUUUUUACCUCACACAACACGGGAAAACUCGAAACCACUGAAUCCUCACCAACCGAACGCUGCAGAGACAGGCUGAAGAUGGAGUUUUGUUCCCCAUCAGAACCUACCAGGUCAUCAGAAGAUGGACGCCACAGCUCCCGUUCACUUCAAGCUCUGAAGCUAACUCUCAAAACCGAGGAAGGCGUCACCGUUUGAGUCGUGUCGUGCUCUUCGCAUCCUGUGUUUUUGUAGCUUAGUUCAGUGCAGUUCAGUGCCACUCCCUGAAAGUCCUGCCAGCAGAUGUUCUGUAAAUAUUGGUCCAGUAGAAAAUAAUUGAUGGGAGUCCGGUUGGAUCUUGCACUAUUUAUGAUUUACAGCAGAUGUGUAGUGAUAAACCACCAGAGCAACGUGUUAAACUCUUAUUUUAAUAAUAAUAAUAAUAAUACAUUUUAUUUCAAGCGCCUUUCAAAGCUCUCAAGGUCACUGUACAAAACAAAAUAUAACAAGCAAGCAAUACAAACAACAAGAAAUAAAUGCUAGGAGUAAUUCCCAAGGGUAGAGUCGGAGCAGUGCAAUGGAUAAUAGACUAAAAAGAGUAGAUGGAAGGAGGACAAUUACAGUGAGUAAGCCAGGCAGAACAUGUGAGUUUUGAGUUGAGACUUGAAGGUUGAGAAGGAGUUUAUAUUGCGGAGGUCAGGCGGUAGAGUGUUCCAGAGUUUUGGAGCUGAGUGGCUGAAAGCUCUGGCUCCCAUAGUACUGAGACGAGUGCGAGGAACAGACAGGGAAGGUGAAGAUGAUGAUCGGAGAGAGCGAGUGGGAGUGACAAUGUGGAGGAGAUUAGAAAGAUAAGGGGGAGCGAGAUUAUGGAUGGCUUUAAAGGCAUGAAGAAGUAUCUUAUAGUCAAUUCUGUAUUUGACAGGGAGCCAGUGAAGUUGUUGCAGGACAGGGGUAAUGUGAUCAAAAGUGGAGGUCUUGGUGAUUAUCCGGGCAGCUGAAUUUUGGACUAACUGUCACUUGUUACCUGUAAACAGAUAUUUUGACCGUUUUAAAGCGUUUCUGUCCAAAGAGUUGUGUAUUUCCAUCUUGAGUCUCGUAUUUAUUCCCUGAACAGAUUUCCUGGUGUGUGAUUGCAUCAUCACCACCUGCUGAUCAAAUCAUCCAUGUGGAUGUUGUUGCUUCCAGAAUCCGACUUUUCUAAUUAAUUGGAGUUAAAAAAACAUUUUAAACAAUUAGCUGAGUCUGAAUCAGCAGGUCAGAGCUGUACCAAAAUGUCAGAAAUGUCCCGUUGAACUGAUCUCAGACUUCGGUUCGACCCUUGUGACCUUGUGGCGGCCCUCGUGUCACGCUGAAAUGAAAAAGUCAACCUCAGAGAAAAAGCACAUGACGUGUCUUGAUUACACGUUCCUCAGACUUCAGAUCCCACCACGUGGACCCACAAGCAGCUUUGUUCCUGAACACCGUCCCCAGAUGCCUUCUGCUGGUUUGUGAUGCCGACGGCGAUCUUUAAAAUCCCUUAGGGCUGAAGAGCGUUGAUGCAGCGGCGUGCCGCAUCCCACCACACGCCGUCCCUCUGACCACUUUUCCAGCAUUCCCAGGCUAAUGCCCGGUUUACACGCCAGGAUAAAUGAGUCGAUUCUCGACACGAUUCUCCCCCCUGACAAUCUUAACGGCGCCUGAAUACCCAAAGAUAAUCCUAUCAGAUAUUCCUGCCGUGUGUGGUGGGUGCUGGUGCUCAGAAGCACGUUGUACAUUCAGGAAUGUUCAGCUUGUUGGAUUGUCUUGUCUCGAUAUUAACGUGUGCGGUAGCCCCAAAGAUAAAUGAGCCAAUCAGAACGCGAAGUGACAGAAGCACGCUGCCCUGAGCUUCCUCCUCCAUUUUUGUUUACGCUGAAAUCACGUUUGAGAUCUCGAGACUUUCUGUGAGAUUUCCCGUCUGGCCGAUGGAUGUUGGUUUGUGUGUGGUGUGUAGUUUUAGCUGCGUGGCCACACACCGUUAUAUCUGUCAUUUUUUAUCAGUGUGUGUGUGUGUGUGUGUGUGUGUGUGUGUGUGUGUGUGUGUGUGUGUGUGUGUGUGUGUGUGUGUGUGAUUCUAAUACAUCAGGAGCUGAUAAUGAUCAUUUCUUUCUGGAUAAAUGCGUGCCUUAUCCUAGAAAAAACGUUGAAAUGUUCCUCUUGGUGCUUUGAAGGCAGCAGAUGGACCGAGCACGACUUCAGAGCUGGUUUUUCUUGACCGGGAGGAUAAAUGGGACAUAAAACUGCUGCUGAAGCCUUUUUUAUGGGUUACUGACAAACUGCAGUGUGUACAUAUAAUGCUCAUGAGUGUACAUAUUAGUUCUCAACUGCUAGGGUGUUCUUUCUUUAAAAUGUGCUGUAAAUAAAUAAAAAGCUUAUAUUUAUUACUAG